AUGGUGGCGCACUGUCGUGUUUCUUCUCUGGUAUUUAUAUAUCUGUCAUUUCUGUUGGGCGUGACUGGCUGCGGCAUAACAACACACAUCGUCAUUUCUGAAAGAGCAAAGGCAAACUUUGGAAACAUAAGUCCAGCAGGUGUUGAUUACCAAAAGAUAAUAGCCAAACAUCAUGAUGCUUUUAUGGCUGGGAGUCCCUACCCCGAUGCUUUCUACAGCUCGCUUUGUGAUAAAGGGAAUUACCACAAUGUUUCUGAGGACACUCACUGGUCUGGUUUCCUUAACGCCACAAUCAACUAUAUCAGGAAUCACUAUCCUCAACCCUGGGACACGGCCACAGAGAAACUAGUGGCAUUUAUGUUUGGGGUUGUGUCCCACCAAGUGGCUGAUGUUGUGUGGCACAGUCUGGGUGUGGACCAAGGCUUUAUUACCACAAUGGGUAUGGAAAACUUCCAUGGAUCCUAUAGUAAUGCUCAUUCAGCUGCAGAUUUUGGUAAGUGGAGUGUCAUGAAUCUGUACGAUAUGGAUGUUACAUUGUUUAUGGACCCCCUCAAGGAAUGGUAUGUACCUGUAGAUGACCUGACUAUGAUUUACCAGGAAUUUUACGGUACGACCAGGAUCACAAGUCCUGUCAUAGACAACUGUUCUACCCUACUCCUUGUGGGCGGGUAUGCCGAGAUCGCUGGAGGCUCAGAUGCCUAUGCUGCAGUGGCCAAUACUAGCCCGUUUCUAGUGGAUCAGUACCGCGACUACUUCCUGGGUGGGAUUGCUGACAUGGCAGGUUGGUCAGCUCGACUUUGGAACCGCACCAUCCACAUGUUGGAGAAUGGCACCAGCUCGUGUAUGGUCCCCCACAAUCCACUCUACAUUAACUGUACAGCUACAUCAACGCAGGAAUUUUCUAGACUUUCCACCAACAAGGAGAGGAAUGGGUUCUUUCGCCAGCCUGACCUACUUGGUCUAACACAGGAUGACCUUGUUGUGGAGAAGGCCUACAGGGGGAUACUUAUCAAACCAGGCUACAAGAUUAGGUCUUUAUUAGAAAAGAAGCGAGACACACUACUGGCAAAGAGAAAGAGGAUCAGGGAGGAAAAGAUGAAAUUACUUAAAAAGAAGGAAGCGGAGCUACCAAGAGACAGUCCGAAUAUGAUGGGGAUCUACUAUGUAUCCGAGAGAUUUUCCAAGUUUGGCUGGUCACUUGCUGUUGGUGACCUUAACGGAGACGAUAACGAUGACUUGGUGGUGGGAGCCCCAGGAUAUGGGGGAGGAGGUAGUCCUGACCAGGGCAGGGUUUAUAUUUUAUAUGGUUCAGAUGAUGGUAUACCUGUUGCUCAAGGGGCAUUUUAUGAACUUAAUAUGAAUGAACAAGCCAAUUGUACUCUACAUGGCCCUUCAGAGGCCCAGUCCCUAUUUGGUACGUCUGUGGCCGUUUUGGAUAUUAACCAGGAUGGAAACCUAGAUGUAGCUGUAGGAGCUCCAGCCUUCAGGAACCAUGGACAACUUGACUACAAUGGUGCAGUGUUUAUCUACUAUGGUAAACUGAGAACCAAUGCCACCCUGUACCAGCCGAAUAUAACAAUCACGUGUCAGAGUCAGUACUGUAACCUUGGGUUUACCAUGACAACGGGUGACAUUAACAAGGACGGCCACCAUGACCUACUGUUGGGGACACCAUACUAUCAGUUGGUGGCAAAUCAGAGUGGGAUUGUGUCAGCACUUCCCUCAAGUCAAGCUUACACAGGUCAGUAUUGAGCCCUCUAGUCAAGCUUACUCAGGUCAGUACUGAGUAGUCUACUCAGGCUUACUCAGGUCAGUAUUGAGCCCUCUAGUCAUGCUUACUCAGGGCAUAUGGUGAUAACAUUUGAAUCGUUGAUUGCAAAAUGGAACCUGCAGAAUAAACAGGCGUACAGCUGGUUUGGACACAACAUCCGAGUACAUAGUGGACUGGUAAUGGUGGGGCAGCCUUACUACCGGAAGUGUAGCAGACCUGACUGCCAGCUGACCUCGUCCGACCUCCAGACUGUCGGGGCCCUGAACAUCUAUAACCUUGGAAUGACCUACAACAUUUCUAGCCUCACUCUACAUGGAGAGCAGCAGUUUGACUUGGCUGGAUAUAGUGCUGAUAUCGGUUUCCCCUACGACAACAAGUCGCUGAUCCUGGCUGUAGGUGUGGUGGGGCGUGACGCCCCUGGCACAUAUUUGACUGUGCCCAUAAAAAUUCACCAAGCAGGGGCAGUGUUUGUUUACAACAUCACAAACAACAAUGUCCAACUCCUCGCCACCUUCCAGGGCGAUAGGCAGUUUGGCAGAUUCGGCAUUUUUGUCAAGUUUGAAGAUGUAAAUGCUGAUGGUAUAGAUGAUCUGAUGAUUGGGGCACCUCGACGCAAUUAUGAUGCGACAGACAUUGUACCACGCUGGUUCUCUGAAGAUUAUGAUGGUAAGCUGUAUGUUUUCUAUGGAGGUAAAUACUUUCCGAAAGGAAAUGCCACCUACUCAUCCAAGUGUGGUCUGUUCCAGCCCUGCCCUCAGACAGUGGCCAAUUAUACAGCCGAAGCUGAUGGAUACAAAGUAAAACUGGGCUAUAGUGCUGCUAUUUUAAAGGCAAAGAAUCUGAACAACAUGGUGACCCCUGUAUUGUUUGGUGAUACACUAUUUGACAACAAGUCGUGUCCCACUGUCUAUGUGUACAGGAUCAACACAACAAAGUCAUAUGAUGAUGUGGCAGAUCAGGGACUAAGUUGAUGAAAUUGAAAGUCAUUUUAUAUAUUUGUGAUAUUAGGUUCAUUUGUAAAUUGUUGAUAAGUCUACAGAAACCAUUAUUUUUAAUUCAGUAUGUUGAACAGGUGUAUGAUAUAAGAGAAUUUAAUGUAUAGACUAUAUUUUUUUACAACAAUUGUGUGAGGAAGCCAGAACACCUGGGGGAAACCCAUGUGGAAUGGUAGGUGAGCCCGUCAGAGGAGUUAUUGUGUGAGGGAGUGAGAGACUGGCAUGGUGUUAUAUAAUUAGUACUGUAUGAGGGAGUGAGAGACUGGCAUGGUGUUAUAUAAUUAGUACUGUAUGGGGGAGUGAGAGACUGGUAUGAUGUUAUAUAAUUAGUACUGUAUGAGGGAGUGAGAGACUGGUAUGAUGUUAUAUAAUUAGUACUGUAUGAGGGAGUGAGAGACUGGUAUGAGGUUAUAUAAUUAGUACUGUAUGGGGGAGUGAGAGACUGGCAUGAGGUUAUAUAAUUAGUACUGUAUGGGGGAGUGAGAGACUGGCAUGAGGUUAUAUAAUUAGUACUGUAUGGGGGAGUGAGAGACUGGCAUGAGGUUAUAUAAUUAGUACUGUAUGAGGGAGUGAGAGACUGGUAUGAUGUUAUAUAAUUAGUACUGUAUGGGGAGUGAGAGACUGGCAUGCUGUUAUAUAAUUAGUACUGUAUGAGGGAGUGAGAGACUGGCAUGAUGUUAUAUAAUUAGUACUGUAUGAGGGAGUGAGAGACUGGCAUGAUGUUAUAUAAUUAGUACUGUAUGGGGGAGUGAGAGACUGGCAUGAUGUUAUAUAAUUAGUACUGUAUUGGCGAGUGAGAGACUGGUAUGAUGUUAUAUAAUUAGUACUGUAUGAGGGAGUGAGAGACUGGUAUGAGGUUAUAUAAUUAGUACUGUAUGGGGGAGUGAGAGACUGGCAUGAUGUUAUAUAAUUAGUACUGUAUGAGGGAGUGAAAGUCUGGCAUGAUGUUAUAUUAUUAGUACUGUAUGGGGGAGUGAAAGUCUGGCAUGAUGUUAUAUAAUUAGUACUGCAUGAGGGAGUGAGAGACUGGCAUGAUGUUAUAUAAUUAGUACUGUAUGAGGGGAGUGAGAGACUGGCAUGAUGUUAUAUAAUUAGUACUGUAUGGGGGAGUGAGAGACUGGCAUGAUGUUAUAUAAUUAGUACUGUAUGAGGGAGUGAGAGACUGGCAUGAUGUUAUAUAAUUAGUACUGUAUGGGGGAGUGAGAGACUGGUAUGAUGUUAUAUAAUUAGUACUGUAUGAGGGAGUGAGAGACUGGCAUGAUGUUAUAUAAUUAGUACUGUAUGAGGGAGUGAGAGACUGGCAUGAUGUUAUAUAAUUAGUACUGUAUGGGGGAGUGAGAGACUGGCAUGAUGUUAUAUAAUUAGUACUGUAUGAGGGAGUGAGAGACUGGCAUGAUGUUAUAUUAUUAGUACUGUAUGGGGGAGUGAGAGACUGGUAUGAUGUUAUAUAAUUAGUACUGUAUGAGGGAAGUGAAAGACUGGCAUGAUGUUAUAUAAUUAGUACUGUAUGAGGGAGUGAGAGACUGGCAUGAUGUUAUAUAAUUAGUACUGUAUGAGGGGAGUGAAAGUCUGGCAUGAUGUUAUAUUAUUAGUACUGUAUGGGGGAGUGAGAGACUGGUAUGAUGUUAUAUAAUUAGUACUGUAUGAGGGAGUGAGAGACUGGUAUGAUGUUAUAUAAUUAGUACUGUAUGGGGGAGUGAGAGACUGGCAUGAUGUUAUAUUAUUA